GUCACAAAUCGCCAAACAACUAAAACACGACUUCUAUACCUCAGUGCUGGGGUUCAAUGCUUUCUUGGGCAUCGUUCUAUCAACUUGCUUGUCAUCACUCCUGAUACGCAUUGGAACGUCCCUGCCAGUCCGGUUUUUGGUGUACAGCUAUACGUUCGUGAUUCUCGGAGUCGUGUACGGGUGUGCCGCGGUCAUUUUCGCCACGAAGGAUAAGUCGGCGAACAGACGUUUCAGUCGGCUGCCUUGACAGUAUUGACGGAGUCGAUUUAUUGCAUAAAUAAUACUAUCCGCCAUCAGCGACCGCCAGUGCAACCCACUAAAUAUAAGACUCCAACACAAAAACCGUAGUGUAUAGGACUAUUAUAGGGCUUUACCACACAUAGGUAAUAAAUUAUUCAUUAAGGAUAUCUUACAAUCUAGACACCGCACUCGGACCCAAUCAUGAAAAAUGAUAUAAUUAAUUUUAUGAAACAAACAAAAUUGUUCAAUCUUAUAUAAAAAAAAAAUAUGCAACUUAAUUUUAUAACUUAUCUUUAUAUUUAAUCACACUAAUUCAUAUUUUCUUUGUAACUAAAAUUGUUAUCGAUGUUAUAUUAUUAGAGAUAAAAAAAAUAUAUAUUUAUUCACUAAACUUGUAAUACGAAAAUCGACCGUUUUAUACUUUUGUUGCUACAUAUUGUUAACGAACUGUGACGGUUACCUCAGAUAUUAUAGUUAUAUAAGUUAAAAAAUAUAAGACAAGAUUCUUCAUAAAUUUUUCUAUCUAAAACAAAAAAAAAGUUUUUGAAAAUUAAAUUUAUUUUUUAUGAGCAUUUGAGGUUUAAAUAUUUUUGAAAUUUGAUAUUCACCUUUAUAUUAACUUUUCUCCUCAAUUGGUUUUUAAUAUUUUGCUGUUAUUCAAAACGAAUAGCUACGAAAACUGUAGAUUGUAGAUAGGUACUUGAUAUUUUCACAAAUGUUCACCUCAUAUUACCAUUUUAUAUACGUAAGUACAUGGUAAUAUUUUGUCGCGUUUUGAUGUUAUAAAUAUAAAUGACACAUUAGCAUAAUUUUUUUAACUAACGGAAGCAAUGGUGAAACUGAACGGGGUAAGAAGCGACGUGGCAACUGGCAGUUCCUCAAGAAGCGCGACACUAUACAAUUUUACGUCCUGGUCCGACAGUCCGCCGAAAAAUGUCCUCUCAUCGUCUUUCGUGCAGUAUGUAUAUGUGUAUAAGCUGGCAUUGGACAUUCCCUGAUUUCCAACCAACGUUUUUACUCAACGGUUUGCCCGAAUCGUCCGGUUAAAAAAAUAUCUUAGAUUAGUUAUUAUGUUUAUUAUGUUUUAGAUUAAAUAAUAAAGAUUAAAUGUAUGGAUUAAUAUUAAUAACA